AGCAGCCUCAAGUUUUUUUUUUUUUAUUAGUCUUUUACCAUCGAAUUUUUCUUUUUAAUUCAUCUCCUUAUCAUGGAGAACUCACCUACUGUUAUCCGGCCACCGCCACCGUCACCACAACCACCGCCACCCUUCUUUUCAUCAUCAUCACCACCACCACUUUCUCAGCCUGAUAACACCACUAGCAGUACUAUUAUCCCAUCACCCCCGCCGUUACCAUUCUCUUUAUCACCCCAAAUAGACCCCAUAGGUCAAAACGGAAACAUUUCCAUAGUGAGCAUCAAUCCACCACCACCUUUCCCUGAUUCACCGAGAAGCGUUGAUUUAUCCCCACUCGAAUUCAUUCUUGCUCUUAUGGCAGUCAUAACGAUCCCAGCUAUAGUCUACGCUUUCUUUUUCGCCGUCAGGUGCCCUCCUUGGUCUUCCGACGAACGCCAAGACAGGUCCAGGGACAACCAUGGAAGUGCUGUCGAAGUAACCGAGAGAAGGGAGCCUGUUUCAGGUCUUAAGUAUCGAAAAGAAACUCACUCUAAAGAUAUGGGCAGUGAUUGCCCGGUUUGUUUAUCUGUAUUUGCUGAUGGGGAGGAAGUAAAGCAGUUGAGUGGAUGCAAGCACUCCUUCCACGCUAUUUGCAUUGAUUUAUGGCUUAACAAUCACAACAACUGUCCAAUAUGCCGAGCUAAUGUUGCCGUAAAGAGGCCAAAUAAUAAUCGUCGGCCGCCGUCUGGUUCAACUUCAGCUAUACAAAGUGAUCAUCAUCAAGGUCUGCCUGAUGCUGCCAGCUUGGUUUAGCAUGCAUGUCUAAUUUAAGUUGCAUUGUUGCUCAAAAUUUUGUUGUUUUUAAGUAAGAAAAGGGAAAAAAAAGGGGGGGGGGGGGGGAGAUUCGGCUUUUCAAUACUUAAGCAAGCAAUUGAUUCACAGGUUUUAGAAAUAAUUGAACAACUUGGAUGGAGUUGGUAUAAAUGGAAGUAAUUGAGUUGCAACCCACUUGGUCUUUGUAAUUCCUUGAUUUCUUUCUAGGGUUUUUCCUUUCUAUCCAUGAUUGUGAAUAGCGAGUAACAUUUUGUCCUUUAUUUACCAAAAGUAAAAACAGUCGGAUCCCAGCGGCCGGCAAGAUCCACGUUUAAUGUUUGA